AUGGAAGAUAAAGGAAAAAAAAAUAUUAGUGUAGAACUGAAAGAUAAAAAGAGUAAUAAAAAAAAGGAUAUCUUAAUUAUUAGAUGAAUUGUUUGAUUAAGGAGAUAAAUUUAAGAAUGAUUAGAUUAAAGAAAAUCACUAAAAGGAGUAAGAAAUUGAGAGUAUCUUUCCAAUAAUUAAUAAUGUUUAAAGAAGAUAAUUUUAGUAUUCAAAAUACAGAACAGAAAUAUUAACAUGUAAUAAUGAUAAUUUAAAAUUGAAAAAAGUAUUAAAUUCAAUGCCUCUUUAUAAAUAAGAAAAAAUAUAUGAAUUAAAAAAAAAGGUUUAAAAGACUUUGUUGAUAAGUAAUUCUAAAAAAUUAGAAUAAAACCAUUACUAUAAACAAUCUUGA